AUGACUCCAUGCAUUGCAGCCAUCUAUCGCCAUUGCAGGGCCCUUGGCUCGCAGGCAGAUUUUCAGCUCCGUCCUCCAUCUCGCUUGCCCAUCAUGCCUUUGCAGUCGGAUGUGCGAGAGCGGCUGCAGGCUUUCCUUCGAGAAGCCUCGGAUGGCGACGGCCUUGUCCGAAUCGUGGAGAACUGCUUGAACUACUUGAAGUCCAAGCAUCUCUUGACCUCCAUGAAGUUGGAGGCGAGCCUUGUGGGGAUCCAUCCCUGCAACCGGGAUGGGUACGGAGUGAAUCCACAAGACGUUCGUGAUCUUGUGGACUCGAUUGUCGAUGUGGGCUAUGUCCCCACACGUGUGCAUGCGGUCGGUGUCGAAGUCGAAGGAGACUGGGUCCGGCAGUGGAACAAGAAGCUGUUCGAGUCAGCCCACGGUCUUCUCGGAAGCCUUGAGCCGGAAGCGAUCAAGAUCACUUCGAUCUGCGGAUCACAUACCAAUUGCGCUUUGCGACUUUUUCAACAAGGUGCAAGCCACGGCAACGAGGUCGUGAGUGUGGGUGGAAAGCUCAGCAUGGAGCUUCUUCGUGCUCGGGAUGCUUCGUUCCACGAAGCAGCUGAUCAAGGCCUGACGUGGGACGUGAUCUCCUCCUCCGUGGCGGAAGAGUUCCCAGAGCUGAUCAGCUUGAUAUCCCGGUCAGGCAACACAUCGCUUCAACGAGGAGAACAUGAGCUACAAGUACUCCGUCGCAUCCAUUCCACGUACUACCGCUUGCAGACUCAGACUGGCCAAGCACCGGCUUUUGCAUCUCUGAAGAAGUUGAUAUUGGCCAGCAAACCAAGCUGCCAUGCCUCCGUACCCCACAUGUUUACGUUUUGUCUGAAGGCUUCCGGGGGUGCCGAUGCGAGCUUCCUUCAGGAGACGGAGUCCUUUGUGCGGGCUUACUGCCCUUCUUCUCGGCAAUUGGGGCCUGUCCUGUGGGAGGCUUUCGGGCAAGAUUGCCGAGGGCACCAGUCAGAUCCCGUUGCAGCAUUUCGCCAUGCACUCAUGAAGCAGGCAUACUUGAGGCAGAAUGUGACCAUUGCUGAUGUGAAGAAGAUGACUUCUAAAGAACUCUUCCCCAAGGUCAAGGAAGCUGACAACAUGAUCCUCACGGUCAGGGGCAUCUUAAGGGAUGGAGCUCGCGAUUUCAUGACGGAUUCGCGGGUCGUGCAGGCUCUGGCCACUAUGGAUAUGACGAUAGCAUCGCACGUCCUCGGCAUCAAGGUGCCGGACGAGAAAAAGUACAAAACAGUCCAAGCGAUUGGGCACGAUUUUUUGCUCGUGGCAAGAAACCUGACCGGUGUUGCACUCCCUUUGCCAUGGGAGUCGGUGUCUGAGCAAAGUGAACCAGCUGCAACUGCAGCGACUGCUUCCCAGCCUUCUGCUGCAGGUGUGAUGCUUGAGCUUGCUGAAGACGGCAGUAUCAAGGAACCUGAGAAGAUAUUGGCCUCCAAGGGUUUCGCUAUGGGUGCACACAUCCGUCGCAAGGUUGACAAAAUCGAGGGAGUUCUUUCAGAAGUGAAAGGUCAGAUGGUCUUUGUGAAGAUGGCUUCGGGAAAGACGGCCAAGGUGGAUCUCAAUGUUAUCAUGGCUGGAGAUUGGGUCGUGUUUGUUCCUCGUGUGCAGCCCACAAUGCUAGACAGCUUGGACCAGUACCAGCACCAUGUGGAUUUUGAUGCCAGCAUUCUUGCAUCGAAGAUUCAGCUUGAGCUCUACAAGCUUCACCAGUCCAUGGAGUGUGGAUCGGAGCACCUGAAAUUGCAGCUGAAGCCUUCGAGGGUGUUGCUUGCCAACUCGGACAUCAAGAAACUCUGCAUGGUGCCCAUGACCAACAAGGUCGUGCAGAAAUCCCAGGGCCAAGGCAACACCAUGUUUGAGGUGCAGACGGACUGGCAAGGAGACGACCGCAAGUUUUGGCUUUCCGGAGCCAACAUUCUACCCAAAGAUAACGACGACGACACUUGCAAACAUGUGGUAGUUCCCUUUUGGUUGGUGCAGCACAGCCAUCAGGAAGAGGAUUGCAAUGUGAAGCUUGUUUGGAUUGCGGGAACAGAGAAGAGCAUCAAGAUUCCGGUUUUUAAGAACACCAAGAAGAUCCCGGAAGGCAGCCCCAUUGUGGCUUUCAGAUCUAAAACGGUGCAGGUGGCUCCCUUGGAGGAAGUGGAGGACGACCACAAGACUUUGGCGCAGAAAAGAGCAUCGGCGAGCUCAGGUGGCUCCAGCAAGAAGGAUGCAUCGCCCGUGAUGAAGUGCAGGUGCAUUGUUGAAGUUGCUGCUUGCAUGGAUGUGUCGUUUUCGCCUAGGCAGGGCAUGUGUGCUCGCCGGCAGAAAACAGCUCCAGCCUCGCAUCAAACCAUUUCCCCCGUGCAUCGCAUCAUCAUGGCUUGCUUCGAGAUUGUGACGAAACAGGUUGUCGUGCUGGGUGACCGAAGCUGGAUGCCAACCCAAAAGAGUGUCGACGACCGGGUCUUCUGUGCUGUCUCGAAAUGGUCCCCGCAGCUUGUGAAAAUGAUCACAGGCAAACGACUGGACUUGCGGCAGGCUGCUUGCGACAAGCUGCUGGAAGAGGCCCUGAGGGACGAUGAAGCCGACGACGAGCCCAAGAAGAAGAAAAGCAAGAAGGAUAAGGUGAAGGCUUUGGCCAAGCAUUUGCACGUGUUGCCGGCGAUCGUCGACAUUACGAUCGAUGGCUUUCAGCUGUCGAUCCUCAGCGAGGGCCUGUCUACCGGGAGCAUCUUCGUGGAGAUGCUCUCCGAAAAUUUCAAUUGGCUCAUGGAGCAGGCGAAUCAACAAAUGCCUGUCGAUCGGAAGAAAAGAAGGCACAGCUCCCGGGACAAGACCGAUGCCAGCGAGGAUUCCGACAAGGAGGCCAAGAAGGUUCCAGCGGCGAAAGCCAAGGGCAAGGCCAAGGCAAAAGCUAAGAGCCCGGCCCUGAAGAGCAUCCUGAAUGGCUCCCCGGCCAAGAACCCGGCCCCGAAGGGCAUCGUUGGCUCCCCGGCGAAGGCCAAGAAGUGA